CACCCUACUCUCAUCUGUUAUUGAUGUAACACUUCCUGGCGCGCCGAGACGCCCCACGGAUUCCGGGUACUAUAGGCACAAGCAGAGAGCAUGCCUUAGACGGCGCCGCUCACCGCGGGCUAUACCUACUACGUAUUCCAAUGUAGAAAAUCACAUUGGAGUCGGCGUUCCUGGAGCCGGCUUGGUAGGCCUCUUGUAGGCCUAUGUUAGUAAUAACAAUUCAUUCGAGGGAUUUUCGCAAUUAACAAUCUAUUAUCUUUGCGUCAACUAAGCUUUCAGGAAUUGAUCUCGAAACCACUCGUCUGUGAAGGACACGCUCACGAUGGAUCAAGAACACCAUGCCGCUAUGAGCCAAAGCAGCACGGUACAACUUCUUCUAUGGUUCAUCUUCGUCGUGUCCGUGUUAACUGUGGCGGCGCGCCUUGGGACGAAAUAUGCCCUAACACGUAGACUAGGAUGGGAUGAUUACAUCAUGCUCACUGCACAGGUUGCAUAUCUUGCUCAAUGUAUCUCGAUAUCUAUAGGCGUUGCCGAUGACUUGGGUGUGCCUGCGCGGGAGAUAAGUGACGCGGCCAUCGACACUUUCUUGAAGGCAGAAUACGCGAGCAUCGUGUUCUACAUUAUUAGCUUGGCCCUGAUCAAAUGCUCAAUCUCUGCUUUCAUCCGGCAACUCAGUCGCAGCACAACACAUAGGAACCUCGACUGGGCGCUUCAAGGCACCAUUGGUCUUUGGGUACUCACAUCUGUGCUUGUCUCUCUGUUUCAAUGUGCACUUCCAACACCAUGGGACUAUUUCCACGGGGUUGGAUGUGUUGAUCGGCGAGCUUGGUGGACAUAUGUCGCGAUUUUGAACAUUUUGACUGACAUUUUCACUGUCGCACUCUAUGCUUUCAUCAUCGGACGCUUGCAAAUACCACGCUCCAAGAAAAUCAUAGUAUUGUCGAUAUUCUUUGUACGACUUCUAGUUGUCGGAAUUUCCGCGGCACAACUCGCGGUGUUCUUGGAACUAUUCUCAUAUUCAGACCCGACUGGUAGCCUAUGGAUACCGAUAAUACUGAAUCAGACAACAUUGGUUAUAAGUACCAUCACAGCAUGCGCACCUUAUCUGAGGCCUUUCAUGGAAAGUCUUGAAUCAAACGUCAACCGGGUUGAAAGCAUACACGGAUCCGAAGAGGAGCUGUCGAGAGACAGAAACGAAGCUGGCACAUAUGGACUAGAGAAUACGGUCAGUUCGGUGGCCUGUUCUUAUCGCGCGAGUAGAUGAAUACCGCCGAUACUUAUUUACGAUACUACGAAUGAACUUUUACGAUACCUAG